UGCUUACAAACGCACCGCAGUAAUCUUUGGACCGCAAAUGUAUGUAUAAAAAAUCGCCAGGAAGAGUUUUUGGAUUUGAAGAGUUUAGAAUUCCCGACAUGGAGGAAUUGCGGCCUAGUGGUGUGGGUACUGGUUCUUCAUGGUUAGUUUUUCCCCCGGGUUUGCAUGCUAUUUACGAUGAAUGCAGACGGUUAUAUCCAGAGCAGUCCAAUCCGCUGCAAGUCACGGCUAUUGUCAAGUAUUGGUUGGGUGGACCAGAUCCUUUGGACUACAUUAGUAUGUACAGGAAUCUUGGAAGCCCCUCGCAGACUGUUCCGGAACACUGGCACUAUGUUAGCUUUGGACUCAGUGAUUUGUAUGGUGAUAACAGAGUACACGAACUUACAGGUCUUGAUGGUCCCAGUGGUUUUGGAUUUGAGCUAACAUUCCGAUUAAAACGUGAAUCUGGAGAAAGUGCCCCUCCAACUUGGCCUGCUGAAUUAAUGCAAGGACUAGCCAGAUAUGUCUUUCAGUCAGAAAACACUUUCUGCAGUGGUGAUCAUGUUUCAUGGCACAGUCCUUUGGACAGUAGUGAGUCUAGAAUCCAGCAUAUGCUUCUGACUGAAGACCCUCAACUUCAACCUAUACAGACCCCCUUUGGAGUUGUGGCUUUUCUACAGAUUGUUGGCAUCUGCACUGAAGAACUGCAGGCAGCACAGCAGUGGAAUGGCCAGGGCAUUUUGGAGCUGUUAAGAACUAUACCUGUAGCUGGAGGACCUUGGCUGAUAACUGAUAUGAGGAGAGGGGAAACAAUAUUUGAGAUUGAUCCACAUUUGCAAGAGCGAGUUGAUAAAGGCAUCAAGAUGGAUGGGUCAAACCUGAGUGGAGUGAGUGCUAAAUGUGCGUGGGAUGAUCUCAGUCGUCCACCAGAAGAUGAAGAUGACAGCAGGAGUAUCUCCAUUGGGACACAACCUCGGCGUUUGUCGGGUAAAGAUACAGAACAAAUCAGAGAAACACUGAGAAGAGGUUUGGAAAUGAAUAACAAACCAGUCUUGCCUCCUAUCAGCAGUUCACGACAGAGUGGCAUGAAUCAUGACCGAGUGCCGAGUCGUAAAGGCAGUUUAGAGAGCGAGGGUUCGACAGCCGUUGUGCCCCAUGAGUUAAUUCGUACUAGGCAGCUUGAAAGUGUUCACCUUAAAUUUAACCAGGAGUCUGGCACACUUAUUCCACUCUGCCUAAGGGGUAGACUUUUACAUGGACGACACUUUACAUACAAGAGCAUCACAGGUGACACUGCAAUCACAUUUGUGUCUACAGGAGUAGAAGGAGCUUUUGCCACAGAGGAGCAUCCUUAUGCAGCACAUGGGCCAUGGUUACAGAUCCUACUAACAGAAGAAUUUGUCGAAGAAAUGCUUGAAGAUUUAGAAGAACUGACUUCUCCAGAGGAACUUAAACUUCCAAAGGAGUACAGCUGGCCUGAAAAGAAGCUUAAGAUUUCUAUAUUACCAGAUGCAGUAUUUGACAGCCCAUUGCAGUAAAUAAGAGCUAUAUUGCCUUCAGGAUGGACAGCUGGGAGAACCACAUUACACUGCAGUGACUCACACUUCAGCUGUUGCAGUAAAAAAAAAAAAAACAGUGACAGCUGAUUCCUCUGUGUUUGGUGCGGCUCAUUUGCUUAGAUAUUUUAGUUGGAAAAUCCUUGAAUUUGUCGCAGUGGUAGUCACCUCCUGCACUUUAACUUGUAGCGUUGAUGUGGGAUUUCUUUAAAUCUAAGGCUGUUGUCUUCAUGAAGAAAAUGUGUGACUAAUCCUAUGCUGACAACUUUCAUGAACACAUUCAGGGGAAAAAAGAGUGAUAUGAAAUACUUCAGUAAAAUUAUUCAUUCUAGAAUGCUAUGUCUGUUAAGAACAAAGCAGUAGUAGGAGAUGCCCAAAACUGUAAAGGGGGUUGCAGUUUGUUUUUAUUCCAUCCAUGCUCAAGUAUUUCCUUUUUUGGAACUACAGCAAUUUUGUUACUUGUUUGCACAGGCUAUCAUUUCAAUCUAAAUAAUCUGUUCAUCAUUGCCUUGGACUGCACCAGACUGCCAUAAUUACUCUUAAGCAUACAUUAUGUGUUUUAUGAUUAUUUGACUGACAAGUCAACACUGCUAUCCCUACACCCUACAUCUGUGUAGCCAUUCUUUUCAUUUUCCAUUUCUGUUUACUGUUACACUAGUUUGAAGUGCCUCUCCCUUCCAUUCACCUGGUCCUUAACUCUUAUAACUUAAAUAAAUACGUGUAUAAGUCAUACUCAGCGUAAGGAUCGAUAGGGUGCCUAUUUGUGGUGGCACAUUUAUCUGUGUCCCUUCCUUCCAUUUUAUAAUGAGAACAGGUAUAUUUUUUCAGAUUGCUGUACCAUAAUUUUUAUAAUGUUUUGAAAAAAAUAUAUAUGCUGAGUUUCCUUUUUAGAAUACCCACAGAAUUAAUUAAGUUAUAUACUCUCCUCUUUUCAUUUUUGAGAUUUCAGACUAUUUUGUUAGGUUUUGAGUAGCAAAAAUGCACAGUUCAUUUCAGAUUGACUAGUUUUUCUGCCAUUUCUUUUCUUGACUGAAGUACAGACAAAAUGUUUGUACCUAAAGUUGUUUUUAUCUGAAGUUUGUAAUAAUGCCAAAGAUGUUAUAGACUGUUCAGCAAUGUGUUUUGUGCAUUAUAUUUGUUAGAGGUUAA